UUCUCUAGCAUCCAGAAAAAUUCAAGACCUGAAGAUGGAUUCAAAAUCAAACCCAGAUUAAGCUAAUAUUUGGGAAGCAAGUAGCUCUACCUGGGCUGAUACUGCUUCUGGUGGGCACUCAAACAGCUUUUGGGGUGCCAGAGACAGCUCACCAGGAGUGCAUUAAAAAAUAAAUUAAGGCACUGGCUUUGCACAGAGUCCGUAAACCACAAUCUCUCUCUGUGAGGAAAUAGACUUCCUGUCUGCUAUUUUUUUAUGUGCCCAAUUAAGUGCAGAUUUUUGGCUGCGUGAGCAACAUAACUGCAGCAUUUUUUCCAGAAAAACCAAGAAAUGAGCUAAAAAGCUAAACAAGAAAAAGUCUUAUAAGAAGAUGGUCUGAUAAGUGCUGGGAGAUCAUGUUUUUUUCUCAUUUUAUACCUGAUAUCUUCUAACCUGGAUCAAACCAAUCUCGGGCAGAGCGACUUCAGAUCACAUUUCUAAUGUGCUGGCACCUCCCCAUCCUGGAGGGAUUUUCACUGAGUAAGGUCGCGAGAGCGAGAGGAUACGAUGCUGCGGAGGCUGGUUCAGCAGUGGAGCGUCGCGGUGUUCCUGCUGAGCUACUCGGUGCCCUCCUGCGGGCGCUCGGUGGAGGAGCUCGGCCGCCGGCUCAAAAGAGCUGUGUCUGAACAUCAGCUCCUUCAUGACAAGGGGAAAUCUAUCCAAGACUUACGGCGACGAUUCUUCCUUCACCACCUGAUCGCAGAAAUCCACACAGCUGAAAUCAGAGCUACCUCGGAGGUGUCCCCUAACUCCAAGCCUGCUCCCAACACAAAGAACCACCCCGUCCGAUUCGGGUCUGAUGAUGAGGGCAGAUACCUAACUCAGGAAACCAACAAGGUAGAGACAUACAAAGAGCAGCCACUGAAGACACCUAGCAAGAAAAAGAAAGGCAAACCUGGAAAACGCAAGGAGCAAGAAAAAAAGAAACGGCGCACUCGGUCUGCCUGGCUCAACUCUGGUGUGGCUGGGAGUGGGCGAGAAGGGGACCACCCAUAUGACAUCUCUGUGACAUCGCCGGAGCUCAAUUUACAGAGGCAUUGAAAUUUUUAGCAAAGACCUUCAGAGGACGUAUUACAGGAUUCUGUAAUAGUGAACAUAUGGAAAGUAUUAGAAAUAUUUAUUGUCUGUAAAUACUGUAAAUGCAUUGGAAUAAAACUGUCUUCCCCAUUGCUCUAUGAAACUGCACAUUGGUCAUUGUGAAUAUUUUUUUUUUUUGCCAAGGCUAAUCCAAUUAUUAUUAUCACAAUUACCAUAAUUUAUUUUGUCAACUGAUGUAUUUAUUUUGUAAAUGUAUCUUGGUGCUGCUGAAUUUCUCUAUUUUUUGUAACAUAAUGCACUUUAGAUAUACAUAUCAAGUAUGUUGAUAAAUGACACAAUAAAGUGUCUUUAUUUUGUGGUUGAUUUUAAUAAUGCCUAAAUAUAAUUAUCCAAACUGAUUUUCCUCUGCAUGUAAAAAUAGCAGUAUUUUAAAUU